AAUAGAAGGGCUCGAAUCGUAGAAGUGCAGAUUUUAUUAAAAUCGGAUUUUUAAAAUCGAUACAAUUUCUAUAAGAAUUAGAUCUAUAUUUGCACAAUCAAAGCACAUCAAGUGAAAGAAAUUUUAAUUUAAGUUUUUUAAGUUUUGGUCGAAAAUCGUAACACAGUUGGCGUGUACAACUGACCUAGUGUAUUCGCUAGUUAACUAGGUCGAUCAAUAUUAUACGGAGCGGAGGGAAGGAGGAUGGUUUUCCCAUAUGAGAGGUGGUGACUACCCUUAUUCAGGAGGAGAUGCGCGUGUGGAAAUUGCUCUCAGUGCGCGGCGGAAAAUUCGCCCACCCCAAACAUGUCGUCGUCUUCUAGCGAGGAUUGUCUGACGGUCGCGGAGGUGCCGGAGGAUCGCUAUGACGAGGCGAUCCACCACUUGCGAUGGAAUUUCUUCGCCGACGAGCCACUCAACAAUGCUGUGGGACUCUGCGCAAAGGGGGAAUCGCAGCUCGAGCUCGAGCGACACUGUUUGCUCACCUUGAAGCAGGGUUACUCCAGGAUGCUGGUAGAUAAGAAGGGAGCGAUUGCAGGAAUGGCACUAAAUGGAAUUUUGAAGAAGGGCGAACGCGAGGAGACAGAGCGACGUCUUUCCGAACUGGAUGACGACAAAUUCAAAACAAUCUUCGGAUUGCUCUACAAGGUGAAUGAUAAAAUUGAUCUCUUCGAAAAGUACGACGUGGACAAGCUAUUCGAGUGUCGAAUCCUUAGCGUCGAUGAGAAUUAUCGCGGCAAAGGUUUGGCUAGCAUUCUGAUGGCCGAUAGUGUGGAAACCGCCAGAAAUGCCGGUUUUAAGGUAUGCAAGGCUGAUGCUACUGGUGCGUACUCGCAGAAGGUCUGCCUGAAGCAUGGCUUCCAAGUAGAGGCAGAGAUUCCAUACGUCGAGCUAGAUAAAUCCAUUAGACCGGCGCCACCUCACCAGGCGUUAAAGCUGAUGGUGAAAUUGCUAGAUUGAAGAUUAAAUGAAAGUCGCUCGCUCGGAGAGCUUGAUUAAAUUAAGCCAUCAGCAUACGAAAGCGCAAAGCGCAAAGUAGAUACAGAAUAUAUGUGUCAUCGUGUCGUGACAAUAACAGCUCUGUUAAUGCAUGUUCGGUAUCGUGAUCGACGUGACGCCUUCUCAUAGAGUAUUUAUCUAAAAAAAAGAGAAAAAAAAAACAAAGGAAUGUAUAGCGCGUUUUAUGUAGCACAUAGACGUACGAAACGUCUUUAAAUGGUAUCCGGUUACUGCCCUCCCGUAUGUGUGUUCUGAAAGAAGUAUCGUCGUUAAACAAAAAGUAGAAGGCCAAGAACAAAAUAAUUUAAUAAAAUUAAACAUUAAUAAUGAUGUAAUAAGAAAUUGAAAAAUUCAACACAGCGAACGUCAAGUUCACUGAAAAUCUACUGUUAAAUGUCUCGCGAAUCGCAUUCGGAUUUUCUGUUUUGAUUCUGCCAAUGCAGAACUUGCUUAAUUCCAAUUUAGAAAAAAGGGAGAAUCCAAAAUAUUUAUCGAAUCGUCGUAUACGAGUUUAGAUAUCUAAGUGUUUGAAACCACGUAUUAACAAUUAAAGAAUUUCAUUCAAUGAUAAGUAUAAAAUAGGAAUCUUUUAUAGAUUUUA